AUGGAUUUUAUGGAUUCAGAGACACAAGCACCAGAUGAUUCACCAUUUUGGGAAACGGAUCAUGACAUGCCUCCUCCACUUGCUGCUGAAUGUAAAAGCUUUAAGUGGAAAGUAGAAGUCAUAGAGUUUUUCAUCGAGACUCGCACAAAACCUAAUGGAAGCUUUGUAUGUGAAGAAGCAAAAGAACGCGCGGAAGCUCUUACUGUAUUGUUGAGCCAAAAUCCGCACAACACAAACAAUGUUACAGCUAGCUUGGACGAUGAAUAUGCUCAAGUUUUUGGUCCAGAGCGUCCAGGACGAGUAAGAUGUGUUGGUCGUGGACCUACACCUUCAAAAUUAGUGUGCCGCUCAACUGCAACUAGACCUGAUAUAGAAAAUUCUGAAAUGGUUGUUGAGCUGAAGACACAAGUGAAAGAGUUAUCAGAUCAAGUCAAGGGAAUGACUACAUUCAUUCAGCAAAUAAUUGGUACUUCAACAGGUGAACAGGCAAGAGCAUGGGCUGCAAGUUUUGCUGUUGCUUUUGCUAACAUACCAGAUCCAACUUUUGCCAACAUACCAAACCCACCUAAUCCAGAUCAGUGUAUUUAG